UCUGGUUGCCAAUGAAAUCUAUAAUGGAGCCUUUUAGGCAACUUAUCCUCAUCAUCUCUAUAGUGGAUUUUCUCUAUAUCAAACAUUGUGCAAUGGCCUAUGAGCAUGAAGAGUUUAGCUAUAAGAUAGGGGCCUGGAAUGGGCCGGACCAUUGGGGUGAUAUUAGGAAGGAUUGGGAGACAUGUAAAACAGGGCACUCACAAUCACCUGUGGCUAUAGAUGAUAAAAAGAUUGAAUUAGUUAACCAACCCGAGGAUCUUCGAUUGAGUUAUCAUCCAGGAAAAGCUGUGAUGAUGAAUCUUGGCCACAACAUCGUGGUAACUAAGAAAACCUUAUUAUUUGAUUUAGAGGUUCAUUUGCUUCACCAACAAACUACUGGCCAAAAAAUGGCUAUGAUAAGCAACUUAUUCAAAGUCGAUGAUCCAGAUCCAUUCUUAACCAAGAAUAUUGGUGCAAAAGUGGAGAUUGGAAUCAUUGAUCCUAAGAAGGUAAGUAGAAUGACUAAAAAAUACUAUAGAUUGAUGGGAUAUACAACUAUUCCGCCAUGCACUGAAGAUGUCACGUGGACUAUCAAUAAAAAGAUAAGAACUUUAUCACCAAAGCAGCUAGAUUUAUUAAAAGAAGCUACUAUAGUU